ACUAACUGGUGAGACUCCCAAACAUCCAACGUACAUAACCCACAACCCCGCCCCGGACCACGAGAUAUCGACUCCCAUCGACCCCAGAGCUUAGCCGGAGGCACAGCUUCUCUUCCAAUCGUAUCACAGAACAUACGGGGCUGCGAUUCUGUCGACUCCGAGAUGGUAGUCGUCCAGCCAGCCGUGCCGGAGAUCGUCGAGAAUGAGAUACACGAGUCGAUAAACGCGCGCACAGAAUCGCUCCAGGCACUCCGAGAGCUGGGACCUCCGGACCUGGUCCACCUGAUCAAGACGCAGCCGAAAGCAGCUGUGAAAGAGAUCGGCACCUAUCAUCACGUCACCGGUGUAGAUGCUUCGUCGUCGGCGUCGCUCGCUGCCUACAUCAAUACCCUGACAUACUCGAUCGGUGAGAACCAGCUCUGGUUCGGCAGACCGCAGGCGUGGCGCAUCACCACGGGCACUUACUGUUGCUACAAUGCCUUCUCUCGAUUGGACAUGCGCGUCAACGUGACGAUACCCGGAACCGUGGACGCCUACGCCGUCGACGAGCGUGGAGAGAAGCGCAAGGCGACCGAUGCGCUCUGGCUCGAGACCUACCUCUGCAGUGUCCUGCGAGCAUUCAGCUACGCCGAGGAGGGUGCGACGAUAAUCGUCGGUUGUCGCAAGUUUAAUCCUAUCACGAGCACGGAGGUCGAACACAAGUUCCUGGAUGCCGCGGAACGGCUGUUCUUCAAGGGCUACCAGCUCGGAUCCGAUCCCGAAGUCCAGGUUCCUAACGUCGUGUCGAAUCACCUCACCUCCGGCCUGUUGACGUACAUCCACACGACUGGUCGCUUCGCCUCGGGUGUGAAUCUGUUCGAGAAGCUUCGGUCUAAGGAGCCGGAGGUGGCAUCGUUACUGGCACGGGUGUUGAUCGAUGCCGACGAGGAGGUCAAGGCAGUCCAGCUUCUGUACGACACCGUAAAAAUCUUGCCAAUGGACAACAGUCUUCUCGAUGUCCAGGCAGAGUUCUGCAUGAGCAAGGGGAGAUAUGACCUCGCUCUCGAAUGUGCCAAACGUGCGGUCAACAGCGCUCCCAGCGAAUUCACGACGUGGGAACGACUAGCGCAGGUAUAUCUGAAACUGGAGCAAUACGAACUGGCUCUUUUAACGCUGAACUCCUGCCCCAUGUUCACCUACCAGGAUCGCGACAUCCCCAAGAUGCCGCCGCCGAACAAGAUGCAUCUCCCGAUCCUGCAGGAGGCGAUGUUGGAGGAGAUGAACGAGGACCACUUCGAUCCCAAACAGGAUCAUGUCGACCCGAUGCUCCUGAAGCUCCCCGCCGCCAACCUCAAGGGAACCUUCGCCAAGGCGUACAAGAUCCUCACCGAGAUCACCAGCCAAAUUGGCUGGGACACCCUGCUCAAGUGCCGUAGUUCGGUAUUUGUCAUGGAGGAAGAGUAUCGGGAGGAGAAGAAGAAUUCCAGUGUGGCUACAUUACGCGGGACGCCACGGCAGAGCGAGGACCGUGUGUCAUCCAACGGUACCGAUGAGAAAUCGGAGACAAAUGGUGACGAGAAGUCGGAGGAUGAGACGGAUAUUGGUGCCGCUAGCAUCGAGAAGCCCGAGAGUGCGGUUCCGGCCGAACCCAAGGGAAGCGAUGAUGGUACACCCCCCGACGACGAGAGAUCGCUCGCCGAGAAGUACACGCACUUCCAGAACAAGCGUCUCUGCGAGAGGUGGCUCGACAACCUUUUCAUGGUGCUCUAUGAGGAUCUCCGCGUGUACACGAUCUGGCGGUCGGAGUACGCACAAUACAAGUCCCAAGCGCUGCCCUAUAAGAAGAACGCGACCGAGUGGGAGAUCCUCGGCGAGCUCGCACAGCGACUCCACCACCAUGAGGAAUCACUCGAGGCGUUCAACGCCACCCUCAAGAUCCGCUUCUCGCCCAAGGCGCUGAAAGGACUCCUCAAAGACCAGGAGAAACGACGCGACAGUCGUAAUGCGCUGGACGGAAUCAUCAAGCUGACGGCCUGGCAAUACCGCCGGUAUUCCGAGUUCUCCCCCUCGCUGCUGCUGUCGAUACGCAAGUUGAUCGCCGAAGAGGGCGCCGUCAAGGUCCGCAGCAUCGUGCAGUCAACCAACUUCCCGCAGAGCGUGCUGGACUUGACCCAUCACUACGCGCAGUUAUGUAUGGCAUUCCGUAGCAGCGGUAGCGACGGCUAGCUAGCCUAGCUGUGGAUAUAUGUACUCGAAGGGUGGCUGGUUGGUGGGGUGUGGGCGGCACACGGAGGAUGCAAAAUAAUGUUUCUACUACUACAACUUGUGUAUUUGGACUUUGAAAGAAGAAGAAGAAGAAGAAGAAGACAGCAAGCAGGCAAGCAAUUGCACAGCAUAAUAUGUAAAUAGCGUGCUUUUGCGGGGGAGGGGGUUGGUAAAUGUGUGCUCUUUAAAGACUUUGUUGAUGUGUUGCUUUUGUAAGUAAGUACGUACGGUACGCGGAGUUGUGCCGAGAUGGAUGGAUGUGUGCUUUCUCUGUGGUCACGCAUUGGUGCAUGGACCUUAAGAUGAGAUCUGAUCCUCCCU